AUGGAGGGCUCGCGGCGAGGGACGCGCGGGGCCGGUGGUGAGGUGCCCGCGCUCGGAGGCGGCCGGAGGUGCGGUGGUCGCAGCAGCUGGCGGCGCCGGGCGGGAGCGCGGCUCCAGCAGCCUCGCCUUCGGGCCCCGCCAUCACCUUCACGGCGACGCCGGGCGGGAGCGCGGCUCCUGCAGCCUCGCCUUCGGGCCCCGCCAACACCCUCACCGACCUGGAGAGGGAGCACAACCACCGGCGACGUCCCCGACGAAGCGGACGACACCGACGGCGAUGCGGCCGACGAGUUCUCCGGGGGCGGUCCUCAGAGCUUCUCUCUGCGGUGGGUGCCUGCUGCCGUGCUGUGGGGCCCACCCCCAUCGCUGUGGGACCCGCUGCUACAAUGUUCGUGGACUCCUCCCUACCUCUCCUCUGUGGGAGCCACCAACGCCACGUGCAACACUAACGACUAUUCUUUGCAGCUACUCGGCGUUGGCCCAUCCACGUGGCCACACUUUUGGUACUGA